UUGGUAAUAAGGCCUGUGUAGCCAUGGCUAGUUCUGACGUGAAACCAAAAUCAAUAAGUCGUGCCAAAAAAUGGUCAGAAGAGAUAGAAAAUCUGUACAGAUUUCAACAAGCAGGAUAUCGGGAUGAAAUUGAAUAUAAACAAGUGAAACAAGUAUCUAUGGUAGAUCGAUGGCCAGAGACAGGCUAUGUGAAGAAACUUCAGAGAAGGGACAAUACUUUUUAUUACUACAACAAACAGAGGGAAUGUGAUGACAAAGAAGUUCACAAAGUGAAAAUUUAUGCUUACUAACUUUUCUUUGUAUCACUUGACAAUUUUUCAUUGUUUGUAUUCUACAUCAUGUAAAUGUUUGUCAUUUUACAAAAUAAUUCCAAAUGCAGUCUUCCAUUUAAAGUUUUGAAACACAGAAACCAUGCAACUUGUUAUCUGCUAAUCAUCCUGUCCUGUUCUAAAAUGUAACUGCAGAAGUAUUAAACUUGU